CUGCUCCGGAGGGAUGGUCGUUUCCUGGCAUCGCGCUUCGCCGUGGAACAGUGGCCGAAUCCGGGCCCUGCCCCUACGGGCACAGCCUCCGUCCCGCGCCCUCCCGCGCCGCCCGACGCCACCUGCUUUUACACCGGGGCGGUGCUCCAGCACCCCGGCUCGCUGGCCUCUUUCAGCACCUGCGGAGGUGGCCUGAUGGGCUUUGUACAGCUGAAUGAGGACUUCAUAUUUAUUGAGCCACUCAAGGAGACGGUGGCCAUAACAGGGCACCCACACCGUGUGUACAGGCGGAAAAGAUCUGUGCAGGAAAAAGUCACAGCGGAGUCAGCUCAUCACAACCAUUAUUGUGGUGUCAUUUCAGGUAAAGGAAGAAUUAGGUCUAAAAAAGUAACAGAAAGUGGAAGAGGGAAACGGUAUUUAUACAAAUUACCUCAAGAAUACCACAUAGAGACUGUAGUGGUUGCAGACCCAGCAAUGGUUUCCUAUCAUGGAGCAGAUGCAGCCAGGAGAUUCAUUCUAACCAUCUUAAAUAUGGUGUUUAACCUUUUCCAGCACAAGAGUCUUGGUGUGCAGGUCAACCUUCGUGUGAUAAAGCUAAUUCUGCUCCAUGAAACUCCAUCAGAUCUGUAUAUUGGGCACCAUGGAGAAAAAAUGCUAGAAAGUUUCUGUAAGUGGCAACAUGAAGAAUUUGGCAAAAAGAAUGAUAUACACUUAGAAAUGUCAACAAGCUGGGGAGAAGAUAUGACUUCAGUGGAUGCCGCUAUACUUAUUACAAGGAAAGAUUUCUGUGUGCACAAAGAUGAACCCUGUGAUACUGUUGGUAUAGCUUACUUGAAUGGAAUGUGUAGUGAAAAGAGAAAAUGCAUCAUUGCUGAAGACAAUGGCCUGAACCUUGCCUUUACCAUUGCUCAUGAAAUGGGUCACAACAUGGGGAUUCAUCAUGACAAUGACCACCCAUCGUGUGCCGAUGGUCUUCAUAUCAUGUCUGGUGAAUGGGUCAAGGGACAACACCUCGGGGAUGUUUCAUGGUCCGCAUGUAGCAAAGAAGAUUUGGAAAGAUUUCUCAGGUCAAAGGCUAGCAGCUGCUUGUUACAGACAAAUCCACAGAGUGUCAAUUCCGUGAUGGUUCCCUCCAAGCUGCCGGGGAUGACGUACACAGCAGACGAGCAGUGUCAGAUUCUCUUUGGGCCCUUGGCCUCCUUUUGUCAGGAGAUGCAGCAUGUUAUUUGUACGGGAUUAUGGUGCAAAGUAGAAGGUGAGAAAGAAUGCAAAACCAAACUAGAUCCACCAAUGGAUGGAACUGAUUGUGACACUGGUAAGUGGUGUAAGGCUGGCGAGUGUACCAGCAGGACCUCAGCACCUGAGCAUCUGGCUGGAGAGUGGAGCGUGUGGAGUUCCUGUAGCCGGACCUGCGGUGCCGGGACCAGCAGCCGAGAGCGCAGAUGUCCAGGGCUGGGUUCUGAAACAAGGGAUUGUAAUGGUCCCAGAAAACAAUACAGAAUUUGUGAGAAUCCACCUUGUCCUGCAGGUUUGCCUGGAUUCAGAGACUGGCAAUGUCAGGCCUAUAGUGUUAGAACUUCGUACCCAAAGCUCGUACUCCAGUGGCAAGCUGUGUUGGAUGAAGAGAAGCCAUGUGCCUUGUUUUGCUCUCCUGUUGGAAAAGAACAGCCUGUUCUUCUAUCAGAAAAAGUAAUGGAUGGAACUUCCUGUGGAAAUCAGGGUUCAGAUAUAUGUGCAAAUGGCAGAUGCCAGAAAGUUGGUUGUGAUGGUUUCCUAGGGUCUCUUGCAAGGGAAGAUCACUGUGGGGUAUGCAAUGGUAAUGGAAAAUCAUGCAAAAUCAUCAAAGGGGAUUUUAAUCACACCAGAGGAGCAGGUUAUGUUGAAGUGCUGGUCAUACCCGCUGGAGCAAGGAGAAUCAAAGUUGUGGAGGAAAAACCUGCACAUAGCUAUUUAGGUAACCCGCGUUACAGACACAGAGGCAAUCCAACUCUCCGAGACGCUGGCAAACACUCUAUUAACAGCGACUGGAAGAUUGAACACUCUGGUGCAUUCAGUUUAGCUGGAACUACCGUCCAUUAUGUCAGACGAGGCCUCUGGGAGAAGAUCUCCGCCAAGGGUCCCACUACAUCACCUUUACACCUCCUGGUGCUUCUGUUUCAAGAUCAAAGUUAUGGCCUUCACUAUGAGUACACUGUCCCAUUGGAUCCUCUUCCAGAAAAUCAGAGCUCGAAAGCACCUGAGCCCCUUUUCAUAUGGACACACACAGGCUGGGAAGACUGUGAUGCCACAUGUGGAGGAGGAGAAAGGAAGACAACAGUGUCCUGCACAAAAAUCAUGAGCAAAAACAUCAGCAUCGUGGACAACAAGAAAUGCAAAUACUUAACCAAGCCAGAGCCACAAAUUCGAAGGUGCAAUGAGCAACCCUGUCAGACAAGAUGGAUGAUGACAGAAUGGACCACAUGUUCAAGGACUUGUGGAAAAGGGCUGCAGAGCAGACAGGUGGCCUGCACCCAGCAACUGAGCAACGGAACUUUAACAAGAGCCCGGGAAAGAGACUGUGCUGGGCCCAAGCCAGCCUCUGCCCAGCGCUGCGAGGGCCAGGACUGCAUGACUGUGUGGGAGGCCGGAGUGUGGUCUGAGUGUUCUGUGAAGUGUGGCAGAGGUGUGCGCCAUCGCACUGUAAGGUGCACUAACCCGAGAAAGAAGUGCGUCCUCUCCACCAGGCCCAGGGAAGCUGAGGACUGUGAGGACUACUCAAAGUGCUAUGUGUGGAGAAUGGGUGACUGGUCCAAGUGCUCAAUUACCUGUGGCAAAGGAAUGCAGUCUCGUGUUAUCCAGUGCAUGCAUAAGAUCACAGGAAGACACGGAAAUGAAUGCUUUGCUUCAGAAAAACCUGCUGCAUACAGGCCAUGCCACCUUCAGCCUUGCAAUGAAAAGAUUAAUGUAAACACAAUAACAUCACCCAGACUGGCUGCCCUGACCUUCAAAUGUCUGGGAGAUCAAUGGCCAGUGUACUGUCGAGUGAUACGUGAGAAGAAUCUGUGUCAGGACAUGCGGUGGUAUCAGCGCUGCUGUGACACUUGCAGGGACUUCUACGCCCAAAGGCUACAGGAGAGGAGUUGACCUCCAGCACGCUGGCUGACUGGCUCACAGCUCUUUGCAAUUACAUUAUUUAUAAACACACACACUAGCAUGUUUUUCAGACCAAAUAGUAUCAGAUUACAUAUAAUUUAAUCAAAUUAAUUUAUUUUUUGCCUGUCAAACAUCCAACGUGGUGUUUUAGUUGUACAAACGUUUUGAUUUAUACUAUAAGGCUUCAUAAAUAAUUUUAUAUGAAUGAAUACAUUGGAU